AUGUCCUCGCUAUUGCUGUCCUUCCUCGCCGCGACCAGCGCAGCGGUACCGCCCAUCCUACCUCCGCCGAUAUCACCGCAACGCCCCACCGAAGCAGUCAAAGAGUUCUCGCUCAAACACAUAUUCCACCACGGCACACACAAAUAUCCAGAACUUCAUAGGCGGCUUGACGUGCCAGAAAAUACCGCAGUAUGGAUGGUCGAGGACGACAGAACCGAGCGCGAGGCAGUUCCUCCAUUCACAAUAAGAUCUGAGGCCGUGACCAUUCAACGACUGAAAGAUAGGAGCAAAGAAACAAUAAAUGGCAUCUUAGACUGGGGUAGGAUGACAGGAAAGCCUGUGACCAUGGUCGCAGACGACUGGACGGUUGACGAGAUAGCUGGUCCCAACGUGACAGACAAGGACUCUGUUCUCACGUUUGCUCGUAUGGCCGCGAACGCCUAUAUAUUAGAGCCAAACACUGGGGGUUGGGAAGACGUGAAAGGGGGUUUCAAUUACACAGAAGAUUUCGGCUGGCAAGCAGACGGUCUGCGUGGGCACAUCUUCGCUGAUACGAAGAAUGAGACUGUGGUCAUCGGAUUGAAAGGGACCUCACCUGCGCUCUUCGACGGUACCGAGACUACCACGAAUGAUAAGAUCAACGACAAUUUAUUCUUCAGCUGCUGCUGUGGACAAGGCGGUCAGUAUCUUUGGCGCCAAGUAUGCGACUGUCAAGCCUCGGUAUACUCAUGCAACUCUACGUGCUUAGUCGGCGCUUUGAGAGAAAAGAACAGGUACUACUACGCCGCUCGGGAUCUCUACCACAAUGUAACAGCACUUUACCCGAACGCCGAGGUAUGGAUGGCGGGACAUUCGUUAGGAGGUGCUGUGUCCUCCUUCAUUAGUCUGACAUACGGACAUCCUGCUAUCACGUUCGAAGCGGUCCCCGACGCUAUGCCAGCGUCCCGGUUGGGUCUCCCCGUUCCCCCGGGCCACGAGAUUGGUUCGAUGCAGAAGCGUGGGAUGACAGCAGUUCACCAUUUCGGUCACACUGCCGACCCGAUAUUCAUGGGCAGCUGCAACCAGGCCGGGAGUAUGUGCACCCUAGGUGGGUACGCCAUGGAGAGCGUGUGCCAUACAGGAAAGAAGUGUGUCUAUGAUACCGUGGAAGACCUUGGUUGGCGGGUGGGAAUUGGCACGCAUAAAAUCGUCAACGUUAUCAAGCAGGUGCUGGAGAAAUACGACGAGCCCGCCAAGUGUGAGCAGUAUAUAGAUUGCACGGACUGUUUCAACUGGGAGUACUUUGAGAGUAAUGGUACAGGUACUACAACUUCGUUCACGGUGCCCACGACGACAUCGACAUCGACAUCGACCUCUACGAGGAAGCGAACCGAAACCUGCAAAACGCCAGGUUGGUUCGGAUGUCUCGAUGAGAGCACCACUACCGAAGCAACUACGACGAAGAGGCACAAAGAGACCUCGAGUACAUCCACGUCCACUUGCAAAACUCCAGGCUGGUUUGGCUGCUUAGACGACGACGAGACCUCUACCACCACCAAAGUUAAACCGUCGGCCGCCCCCGUACCUAGUGCCACAACAACAAGCUCAUAUCCUACACCAACCUCGGCACGGAGCUGCAUGCAUCGUGGGUGGUUUGGUGACUGUCUUGAUCCAACCGACAUAGCUUCGACGUCAAAAAAGCCUAAACAUACGCACACGCCCACAUCCGCUUCUUUGACGACCUGUACGCACAAGGGGUUCUUCGGUCUGAUCUGUUUCAAUGAGCAUGAGGGUUCGCGAACAGGCGAAAUAAGUCCGGUGACUGAGAGGAUGGAGAUGUGA